AUGUCAACACCCUUCAAUCCAUGUGGUGGAAGAUCAGAAAGCCCGUAUGGAAUUGAACUUGUUGAACAUGAUGGUUUCUUCUACGAGCCCGUAAUCCUUGGAGGUGUGAUGAACAUGUACACACAGUUCACAGCACGGGAGGACGAUGUGUUUGUAUGCUCAGGAGUGAAGACGGGAACCACCUGGGUGAAAGCUAUCGUUGCCAGUAUUAUGAGCAAAAGCAAGGGCAACGUUUUGAAGGGAGGGAAUGCUCAUGAAUUGAUUCCCCACUUAGAAGUAAGCUACGACUCCCGAUCAUUGCUUAAUGCCUCCUCUGUAUUUCAAGAAAUGCCCUCGCCAAGGUUGUUCGGCACCCAUCUUCCUUACUCUGCUCUUCCACCUCAAGUCACUUCUUUGGGCUGCCGAAUCAUUUAUAUCGUUCGAAAUCCCAGGGACACUUUCGUUUCCCACUGGAAGUUCUUGCCUGCGCUACAAACUCUCUUCAAUGGUGAAACGACAGGUCCUGUUUCCAAGGAGGUAUUCUUCGAUUCAUUCUGUAACGGUGUUUCUUUCUAUGGUCCUUUUGUUGAUCAUGUCUUGAGCUACUGGAAACCGAGUAGGAAUCAAAGUAACAUCUUGUUUCUGACAUACGAGGAUAUGAAGGCAGAUUCUCUGUACCACAUCAAAAAGAUAUCUGAUUUCUUGGGGCAAUGUUCUUUGACAGAGGAAGACAUUCGUUGCAUUGACAGUCAGUGCAGCUUUCAAUCUCCUUCCACUCUAGAUGUUAAUACAAGUGGCAAACUGAAUUUCAAAAAUGUCCAGUUAAACAAUCGAGAGCUUUUUCGCAAAGGUGAAGUGGGUGAUUGGAAGAAUCAUUUCACCCCAGAAAUGAACAGACGCAUGGUUUUGGUUGUAGAAAACAAGUUCCAAGAAGCAGGCCUGUUCGUCAAGUAUGAACUCUGA